GCCAACGCAGCCUGACUCUGUUGCCGGUGCGCGCCCUCCAUUGAUUGGUGACACCGCAAAGAAGUCGCAGCCUGAUUGGGUCGCUGUCAGGUGUCGCUGCCGGCAGGUUCGGCUGCGCGGCGGAGGGAGGCGGGAGUCAACAGUAGCCUUCCUUGGAGAACGGCCUUUCUCAUUUGCUGCCUGGAGUUAACAUUGUUUCCUGCUGGCAGAAUCAGGGACAUGCCAGCACCAGCGGGAUGAGUGGGUGUUCCGGUGGGGAUGUGGUCGUUGACGGCCAGUGAGGACGAGAGCACCACGGCCCACUUCUUCCUCGGAGCUGGAGAUGAGGGGCUGGGCACCCGUGGAACAGGCAUGAGGACAGAAGAGAGUGACAGUGAGCUACUUGAGGAUGAGGAAGAUGAAGUGCCUCCUGAACCUCAAAUCAUUGUUGGCAUCUGUGCCAUGACCAAGAAAUCCAAGUCUAAGCCGAUGACCCAAAUCCUAGAGCGACUGUGUAGAUUUGACUACCUGACUGUUAUCAUCCUGGGAGAAGAUGUGAUCCUCAAUGAACCUGUGGAAAACUGGCCAUCCUGCCACUGUCUCAUCUCUUUCCACUCCAAAGGCUUUCCUCUGGACAAGGCUGUUGCUUACUCCAAGCUUCGAAACCCUUUUCUUAUCAAUGAUCUGGCCAUGCAGUAUUACAUUCAAGACAGGAGGGAGGUGUACCGGAUCCUGCAGGAGGAGGGUAUCGAUCUGCCUCGAUAUGCUGUGCUCAACCGUGACCCUGCCCGGCCCGAGGAGUGCAACCUGAUAGAAGGUGAAGACCAGGUUGAGGUUAAUGGUGCUGUCUUCCCCAAGCCCUUUGUGGAGAAGCCAGUGAGUGCAGAGGACCACAACGUUUACAUCUACUACCCCAGCUCAGCAGGAGGAGGGAGCCAGCGCCUCUUCCGUAAGAUUGGCAGCCGAAGCAGCGUUUACUCUCCUGAGAGCAGUGUUCGAAAGACAGGGUCAUACAUCUAUGAGGAGUUUAUGCCAACAGACGGCACAGAUGUCAAGGUGUACACAGUGGGGCCAGAUUAUGCCCAUGCUGAAGCUAGGAAAUCUCCAGCUUUGGAUGGAAAGGUGGAACGAGACAGUGAAGGGAAAGAGGUUCGCUACCCAGUCAUGCUGACUGCCAUGGAAAAGUUGGUGGCCAGGAAAGUCUGUGUAGCUUUCAAGCAAACAGUGUGUGGCUUUGAUCUUCUUCGGGCCAAUGGUCACUCUUUUGUGUGUGAUGUCAAUGGCUUCAGUUUUGUCAAGAAUUCAAUGAAAUACUACGAUGACUGUGCUAAGAUCUUGGGGAACACCAUCAUGCGAGAGCUUGCGCCACAGUUCCAGAUCCCAUGGUCCAUUCCCACAGAAGCAGAAGAUAUUCCCAUUGUCCCUACCACUUCUGGCACUAUGAUGGAACUCCGUUGUGUCAUUGCAAUUAUCCGUCAUGGAGAUCGCACCCCCAAGCAGAAGAUGAAAAUGGAGGUGACACACCCCAGGUUUUUCACUCUAUUUGAAAAACAUGGUGGAUACAAGACUGGGAAAUUAAAACUCAAGCGACCUGAGCAGCUCCAGGAGGUUCUGGACAUCACAAGACUGUUGCUGGCUGAACUGGAGAAAGAGCCAAGUGGAGAGAUCGAGGAGAAGACUGGCAAGCUAGAGCAGCUGAAGUCUGUGCUGGAGAUGUACGGCCACUUCUCAGGUAUCAACCGGAAGGUGCAGCUGACUUACUAUCCUCAUGGAGUGAAAGCAUCUAAUGAGCAGCAAGAUCUGCAGAGGGCCGCUCUAGCCCCAUCCCUGUUGCUGGUACUGAAGUGGGGUGGAGAGCUAACUCCGGAUGGCCGUGUUCAGGCUGAGGAGCUGGGACGAGCUUUUCGCUGCAUGUACCCUGGAGGGCAGGGUGACUAUGCUGGCUUUCCUGGUUGUGGACUGCUUCGUCUUCAUAGCACUUUCCGCCAUGACCUCAAGAUCUAUGCCUCUGAUGAGGGCCGUGUCCAGAUGACUGCUGCCGCCUUUGCCAAGGGCCUGCUGGCUCUAGAAGGGGAGCUGACACCCAUUUUGGUACAAAUGGUGAAGAGUGCCAAUAUGAAUGGGCUCCUGGACAGUGACGGGGAGUCCUUGAGCAGUUGCCAGCACCGGGUGAAGGCUCGGCUCCAUCACAUUCUGCAGCAGGAUGCGCCCUUUGGCCCCGAGGACUAUGGCCAGUUGGCUCCCACUGGAAGCACUUCCCUGCUUAACUCCAUGACUGUUAUUCAGAACCCUGUGAAAGUCUGUGAUCAGGUGUUUUCCUUGAUUGAAAACCUCACCCACCAGAUCCGGGAGCGGAUGAAGGACCCCAAAUCUGUAGACCUCCAGCUCUACCACAGUGAGACCCUAGAGCUCAUGCUACAGCGGUGGAGCAAGCUGGAGCGUGACUUUCGGCAGAAGAGUGGGCGCUAUGAUAUCAGUAAGAUCCCUGACAUUUAUGACUGUGUCAAGUAUGAUGUGCAGCACAAUGGGAGCCUGGGCCUCCAGGGCACGGCGGAGCUGCUGCGUCUCUCCAAGGCACUGGCGGACGUGGUCAUUCCUCAGGAGUAUGGGAUCAGUCGGGAGGAGAAACUGGAAAUUGCCGUGGGCUUCUGUCUUCCACUGUUGCGAAAGAUACUGCUCGACCUGCAGCGAACCCAUGAGGAUGAGUCUGUCAACAAGCUGCACCCACUGUACUCCCGAGGGGUGCUGUCCCCAGGCCGCCACGUUCGAACACGGCUGUAUUUUACCAGCGAGAGCCAUGUCCACUCCCUACUCAGCGUCUUUCGCUAUGGGGGGCUUCUUGAUGAGACCCAAGACACACAGUGGCAGCGAGCUUUGGCUUACCUGAGUGCCAUCUCAGAGCUUAACUACAUGACCCAGAUUGUUAUUAUGCUUUAUGAGGAUAACACACAGGAUCCCUUAUCAGAGGAACGGUUUCACGUGGAGCUGCACUUCAGCCCUGGGGUGAAAGGUGUCGAGGAAGAAGGCAGUGCCCCAACUGGCUGUGGGUUCCGUCCAGCCUCUUCUGAGAAUGAGGAGAUGAAAACAGACCAAGGCAGCAUGGAGAAUCUGUGCCCGGGAAAGGCGUCCGAUGAGCCAGACCGGGCGCUUCAGACUUCACCCCAGCCACCUGAGGGCCCUGGGCUCCCUAAGAGAUCACCCCUCAUUCGUAACCGAAAAGCCGGCUCUAUGGAGGUGCUUUCUGAAACUUCCUCUUCGAGGCCUGGUGGCUACCGGCUCUUUUCAUCCUCAAGGCCACCAACAGAAAUGAAGCAGAGUGGCCUAGUCCAGCCUAGACGUUAAGGGGCCAUGGAGACUCUGAACCUUCAGAGUUAUCGGUGACAGAGCUAAAAUCGAGGUACUUGUGACUCCAUAACUGUCAUAUUUCUCAAAUGGAGAACUUGUGCCAUGUCUUUCUCUGAAGCCUGUGUUUUCACAACUCUGCUCUGGCCCUCUAUCUCUACGCCCUCUCCUCCAUCCUGUCCUAAUCCUGUAACUUUUUUCCUUUCCUUCCGGAAGACUGAGGGCCAAAUCUGAGACUGGUGUAGUGACAGAGGCUUUUCUCAUGACUUUGAGAGAAAGCCUCUUGAUGUUUUGAUCCCUGGAGAGGGAUGGAGAACAUCAUUCAACCUUUUCUAAGAACACAGACUACAGGAAGGACCGAGCUUCAGAGGGUAUUGUAUUCUUUGGGAGGGGAGGAAGUCCUUGGGAGGGGCUGUCUCCGAACGCAGUGUCACAUGUUCUAGAACUGGAGGUCAGACACGACUAUGUGGGCUCUGAGCUUGUUUCCUUGGCUCUUUUAUUUUGUCCUAUUGUUCUCUGUAGUUAGAUCCUGUUGUUUUUGUGUUACCUUUGUCCUUGGCACCUAAUUUCUUGACCCAAAAGUGGUCAGCAUUUGGACUCACAAGGGGGAGGAAGGUUUUGGCAAUUUUCUAGGCUAAUUUAAUGAAAGUAGGUUGCCUUCAGAUCCCUGAAAUAUGGUAGAUGGUUUGUGGCAUGAAAAGUGAAUGAUAAAUGUGUAGAUCUAUGAUAUAUACUUCUUAUUCCAAAAAUCCAGUAAAGAAUAGGUUUCAACGGGCCAAGGAUUUAGCUCAGAGGCAUAAGUGCCUGCCUGGCAAGUGCAAGGUCAUAAGUUUGAUCCCCGGUACUGCAAAAAAAAAGAAUAAGUUUCAGGUUUUAAGUGGGCUGAGAAAGUAAAUAGGUAUAUCUGGCCCAGUUAACCAGUUAAGUGAAAGACUGAUGUUAAGAAUAAAGAAAAGUAAAAAAAGAAAGAAUAAAGCAGAGACCCUGGCAUGGUAGCACAUAUCUGUAACCCCAAUACUCAGGAAGUUGAGGCAGGAGGAUUGUUGCAAGUUUGAAACCAGCUACCAAGUGAACUCAAGACCAGCCUGAACUGCAUAGAAAGACUCUGGUCUCAAAAAGACAAAAAAAUAAAGACAGAAAUUUUUAAAAAUUUUAAAAAUAAAGCAGAGGCUGCAUUUAGUGGUAUACAUGUAAUCCCAGUCAGUACUCAGGAGUCUGGCACAGGAGGAUCACUGGCAAGUUCAAGGCCAGCCUGAACUACAUAGCAAGACUCUGUCUCAAAAAACAAUCAACAACAAAAUAAAACAGAAAAAGUAAGGUAUAGUGGCGUAUACCAAUAGUCUCAGCUACUUGAGAGGCUGAGAUAGAAGGAUGCUUGAGCCAGCAAUUUGAGAACAGCCUGGGCAGCAGUAUAGUGAAAUCUUGGGGGGGGGGGGGGGAGAGAGAGAGAGAGAGAGAGAGAGAGAGAGAGAGAGAGAGAGAGAGAAAAGAAAAAAAGGAAGAAAGACAGAAAGAACAAAGCAGAGCGGUAUGGACACAGAGCUGGGUGGCAGAUGGCAGUGGUAAUGUAGAGUUCCCCCUCUGAGAUGAGGUAAGGACUGGGCAGAGCUAGGCUGGCAUGACCACAUUGGAGAGUGACUCAGUGCAGGAAGUAGAUAUAAGACAAGACCUGGGGUGGUCUGGGAUACAGCCAGCUAGUUUUAGCUUCUCUGAAGAAAAGCAGAUAUAUUUAGCAACCAUAUUACUCUCUACAGCCCAUUUCCAGAGCCUGUGUGAGCAUGAAAGGUAGGAAAGUUGCUGAAUAGAGAAAUCUUAAAUUUCAGAGUAGAAAUCUUUGGCCACCUUAGCUUUAUGGUUUCUCUGAAACACUUGAAAUAAUGGUUUUUGUGGAACCAAGAGGAACUGGCAUCCUCUCUAUCCAUCUCCCCAUUAAUGUUAAGACCUCAGCCAAACUCAGAGUCUUAACUGAUAUGAAUUUGGAGGUAGAAGAGCAAAUCCCCAAAACUUAGAUGUCAGUGUUGACUGUGGUAUUCUUUUUUUUAAAUUGGUACCGGGGAUCAAACUCGUGACCAGACACUUACAAGGCAGGAGCUUAUGCCAGUGAGCUAAAUCCUCAGCCCCAACUGUGGUGUUCUUAUGAGCUGAAGUAGAAGGUACCAUGGAAUUCCAGCCCUCCUCUAGAUCACGCAGCGGGGACCCUGACUGACCUGGCUCAAUCUCUUCAGAGAUCUUUCAAGUUCUGUUUACUCCUGAUUGGCACUAGAAUUCUCUUUGCUUUCUUUGAACUUGUGUAUGUGGGCCUCUAGUUUGAUUCAUAAGACUUACAGGACAAUGCAUUUCAGAGAAAAAUAUGCCUGUUGGUUGUUUACUGAAUUCCUUCUCAGAAGGGUGCUCAGCACACAACAGGCACAGUGUUCCACAUAAGUCAACAGCCUUUCCCAUGCCUUCCAAUUUGUUGACUCCAGAAGUUAUGUUGUUUCCUGGUGUAGUGGAACAUGUCUGUAAUCCCAGCAUGCAGGAGGCUGAGGUAGGAAAAUCACUAUGAGUCCAAGGCCAGCCUGGGUUACAUAGUGAAUUUAAGGCCAGCCUCAACUAUAUAGUGAGACCUUGCCUUAAAAAUAAUUAAAAAAUAAAUAAAAUCCUGUUUCUUCCAGAAGAAAAGAAAAAUUAUUUCUUUUUCAACUAAAGACAGUUGGUCCCCAGAGACCUGGAUUUAAGUUCACCUUAGCACCUAACAUAUUCUGUGACUUUUUAAUCUUCAUUUUGUCAUCUCUAAUGUGAGACAGUUGAACUAGAUGAUCUCUGAGUCUCUCCCAGCUUUAGAAAUUCAACGUGUCAUGCUUUCAUUCUUGGGAAGGAUAAAAAAAGGCCUCAUGGGAGUGGAUAUUGAAUGAAGAAUUUAGAAUUGGAAUGGUUACAACCGAGUGCUCAAAAUUCAGUCUCGAGCUUCGAAGUUUUUCCUAGGCCAGGCAUGGUGGUACACAUCUGUAAUCUGAGCACUAGGGAGGCUGAGGCAGGAGGAUUUGCAAGUUCAAGUCCAUUCUGGACUACAAAGCUAGACACUGUCAACCAACAAACAAGCAAGCAAAAACAAACAGAAACAAAAACAAACAAAAAAAACCCCAAGCCUUUCCCUUUUAAACUUACAAGGAACUAGAUUUCUACAUUUCUCAAGUCCACCCUCUAGGGCAAAGGGCACUGAAUUAAAUCUAGGUAGAUCUAGAGCGAUCUGCCUAUUCUUUUAGCAUUUCUGAGAGCCACCCACGAAGCAUAGUCUAUCUCUUCAGUAGCUUCGAAUCCCUUAAUAUGACUAACCUUGCAUUUGGAGUGGCCUCUUGUCCCUGCCAUGCAGGUCCUAAGGAGAAUCCCCACUUUGCUUGCCUAGUGUGGCUGUGGACAAAAGUCAACGUCUGUGGUUCUGUGGCGUGGCCGUGUGGCAGUGGCGCUGACUGGCUGUGUGUGACUCAGUGUUGUCCGUGUUAUGUGGACUUCUGUGUGCAGCUUUGUGUGGCUACUAACGCCCUCCUGGCCUUUCAGGCUCACAGUGCACAGGGCUGUUCAGCACCACAGUGCUGGGUGGCUCCUCCAGCGCCCCGAAUCUUCAGGACUACGCUCGCAGCCAUGGCAAAAA